AUGUGCAUCGCGUUAAUAUCCACAUCGCAUCCAUCCUACCCUCUAAUCGUCAUUGAUAACAGAGAUGUAUACUUCAUUCUGAAACCCUUCCCCCCUCUCCCAAAAGAAUACCUCCGACGUCCGACGUCCGCCGCAAACUGGUGGCCAGAACCGAGCGCCAACGUCCUAGGGGGGCGGGAUCUAGCACGGUCUAUACAUGGCACCUGGAUGGGAGUGACGCGGGAGGGCAAGAUCGCUGUGCUGACGAACUACCGCGAGAAGACGUCGGACGAAGCGACGGGGAUACAGAGCCGUGGGGCGAUCGUGAACAGCUGGUUAGUGGCGGCGGAGUCACGGGAAGCCACACGGGACUUUGUGCAGCGGAUGGUGGGCAGCGCGACGGCGCGGAAAGUGGGCGGGUUUAGUCUGGUGUGUGGGUAUGUGAAGGAGCCAUUGGCGAUUGUGUCGAACCGGGCGGACAACAUGGAGCAGAUUCGAUGGGUGGCAAGCCGGAAGGGCGAGACGCUGGGACUAAGUAACACCAGCGUGGAUGAUCGAUCGUGGCCCAAGAUUCUAGAGGGGGAGAAGUUGGUGGAAGAAGCGAUUGCGGCGCAUGUCAGUGGCGAGGGAGAGGAUGAGGAUGAGUUGAUCCGGAAGCUACUGGCGCUGUUGAGUCGGAAUACGUUGCCUACACUGUCGGAGGAUGCCACGGCAGAGGACUAUUUGCCGUACUUUCGACAGAGUAUCUUCAUUCCGCUCCUGGGGCGGAAAGAGGGCUCCGGGAAGGCGUCGCAGGAGGAGAAGGCUGGAUCAGUGUGUGGCGAGGGCUUGCCGGACCAGAGUUAUCUGCAUGGGCCGUAUGGGACGCAGAAACAAACGGUAUUCCUGGUGCGAGACGACGGAACGGUGAGGUAUUUUGAACGGACGUUGUAUGAUAAUGAUGUGAAGGCGAUUCCAAUUGGUGAGGGUGAUCGGUCGUUCGAGUUUCAGCUUCAAUAG